UGCUGCUACACUUUCAUGGCUUCUUCUUCUUCUUCUUUGUGUUCUGAUGCUACCAUCUCCCCUCAAGAAAAACAUGAUGUGUUUCUGAGUUUCAGAGGCGAGGACACCCGCAAUAACUUUACUAGCCAUCUUUAUGCCGCUUUGUGCGGGAAAAAAAUCGAAGCUUACAAAGAUUACCAGCUCGAGAGAGGAGGAAAAAUUGCACCUGCCCUUGUUGAGGCAAUUGAAAAAUCAAAGCUUUCGGUAAUCAUUUUCUCAAAAAACUAUGCUUCUUCCACUUGGUGUCUCGAUGAACUUGCUCAUAUCUUGCGAUGCAAGGAAAGUAAGGGGCAGGUUGUUAUACCCAUUUUUUACGACAUCGAUCCAACAGAUGUGCGAAAGCAGCAGGGGACUUAUGCAGAUGCAUUUGCUCAACUCGAACAACGUUUCAAGGACAGUUUGGACAAGGUGCACAAGUGGAGGGAUGCUUUGAGAGAAGCAGCCAGAAUAUCUGGGUUUGAUAAUUCAAACAAAGCCGGAUAUGCCAGGCCAGAGUCUGAUUUAGUUCAGAAAGUUGUCAAAGAUAUUUUGACCAAAUUGAAUCGCGAAGCAUCAAGUGAUUUAACGGGCUUCGUUGGAAUUGAAAGCCGCAUCGAGGAAAUUGAAUCAUUAUUAUGCAUUGAUUCACUCGACGUUUGCAGUGUAGGUAUUUGGGGCAUGGGUGGUAUUGGCAAGACCGCCCUUGCUGAUGCCAUAUUUCAUCGACUCUCAUCUAAAUUCGAAGUUGCUUGUUUUGUUGCAAAUGUCAGGAUGAAAUCAGAGGAAAAAGAUGGACUAAUUCACUUGCGAAAUACACUUCUUCGUAAGAUAUCAGACGAUAAGAAUCUAGAUAUCGAGACUCCAUCUAUUGGAUCAACUUUUCUACGAGAAAGGCUCAGCCGCACAAAGGUCCUCAUUGUUCUUGAUGAUGUGAGCGACUCAAUCCAAAUAGAAGUUCUAGCUGGAUAUCAUGCUCGAUAUGGUCCCGGAAGUAGAAUCAUUAUAACAACUAGAGAUAGGAGCCUGCUUAAGAAAAUUGUUGAAGAUGAUAAGAUAUACAGAGUUAACGCGUUUAAACGCGAGGAAGCUCUUCACCUCUUUCAUUUGAAUACUUUCAAAAAUAACACUCCUAGAACAGAUUAUACAGAGUUGGUAGAAAAGGUGGUAGAUUAUGCCGGAGGCAAUCCGUUGGCUCUUAAAAUUUUGGGUUCGUCAUUCGUUUGCUGUGAGAGCAAAGAAGCUUGUCUGGAUGAAUUGAUCACAUAUAAAAAAUUCCUAAGCAAAAACAUUCAGAAAGUGUUGAAACUAAGUUACGAUGGAUUAGGAGAAAACGAGAAGGAGAUAUUUCUUGAUAUAGCAUGUUUUGGUAAAUUGGAAACUAUGUACAUUGUAAAAAGGAUGUCUGAGGCUAGUGGUUCCCGUGCAAUGGGAAUUAGAGUUCUCAGCAAUAAGUCUCUCAUAUCGAUUUCAGACAGCAUGCUCAUAGAGAUGCAUGUUCUGCAACAAGAGAUGGGGAGGGAAAUUGUCUGCGAACAAUGCAUUGAAGAGCCCGGGAAAAGGAGUAGGUUGUUCACUGCGGAAGAUGUCUAUCAUGUACUGAAAAAUAAUACGAAUCGUGCACACUUCGAAAAGAUGUAUAACCUAAGAUUGCUCAUUGUUGAUAAUUCUAGCUUUGACAAUGACUGGGAAAAUUUAAGCGUUUCUCUUCCCAAUUCUCUUAGUUAUCUUUGUUGGGUGAAAUAUCCUUUGAAAUCUUUGCCAUCAAAAUUUUCUCCAGAAAAUCUCGUCGAGUUUCAAAUGUCCUACAGCAAUUUGGAGUCUUGGAGUGAAGCCAAGAAGCUUGGAAACUUAAAGGUGAUGGAUCUUAGUUACUCCAUACAUCUGACUGAAGUUCCAGAUCUCUCUCAAAGUAUGAAAAUCGAGCAUAUAAAUCUUAUGGGAUGUACAAGUUUGGUUGAAAUUCCUUCGUAUUUUCAGUAUCUGGACAAGCUUACUGAUCUUAACCUGGGACACUGUUCGAAUCUCAAAUAUCUUCCGGAGAUGCCAGGAAAUAUCGAAUUCUUAGAUUUAAGGAGAACCAUGAUAGAGGAAUUGCCUUCGUCAGUUUGGUCUAACGAAAAAAUUUCUUCGUUGCAUAUUCAAUGGUGUGAAAACCUUAAGAAUCUUCCAAGGGGCAGUUGUGAGUUGAAGUUACAGGAUUUGCGUUUAUGGGGCUGCUCGUCUCUCGGCAAGUUUUGGGAGCUUCCUCGGAAUAUGACAGAGUUAGAGUUGACAGAGACAGCAAUAGAAGAACUGCCCUCAUCUAUUGAGCAUCUCUCUUGUCUCCAGAAAAUUGAUCUGGAAAGUUGCAAAAGGCUCAUUCAUCUCCCAACGAGCAUUUGUAAGUUGAAUUCUCUUGAGAGACUUAACCUCACCAGUUGCUCAAAAUUUGAAUACUUCCCAGAAAUAUUGGAGCCUAUGGAGCACCUUAACUUUCUCUGUUUAUCAAAAACCAUGAUUAAAGAGCUACCCUUGUCGAUUAAAAAUCUAAUUGGGCUUCAGACAUUACAGCUCUACCAGUGCAGAAACCUUAAGUCUGUCCCGAAUAGCAUCUACAACUUAAACUCACUUCAAACUCUCACGUUUGGUGGUUGUUUGAAGCUUAAAAUGUUGCCUCCCUUCUCGGUAGGUUUGCGCUCUUUGGAAGAACUGAACCUCAGUUACUGCGGUAUAUUAGAAAUCCCUGAUCACCUCGUUUGCUUAACCUCGUUACGAGAUUUGGACCUAAGUGGAACCAUGAUCCGGAGCAUACCUGCAAGCAUCAAACAAGCUUCUCAGCUGUCUGUCCUACGCUUAACCAACUGCAAGAGGCUGCAAUCUUUACCAGAGCUCCCAGGGGUACUAAUUCAUGAAAGGCAAGGCAGCUCGCCUCAGAAUGCAGCACCGACAUUAAGGUCUUCGCUCACACAAUUGUGCUACGAUGAAUAUGAAUUUUUCCAACGCCAUCACGAGCAACUUGGUUUCUGUAAUUGCCGAGGAGUUUGUGAUGCGUUUGUUGCAAGUGGAAGCAAGAUUGUUGGCUCUUAUAUAAGGCACAAGUGGAACAAGUUCCUCAUACAUGCAAAAGGGAAAGCAAGAAGCUGCUUUAUUCACCUGUUUACAAGGUAGAAGUACUAUUUCAUCUGGAUUCAUUUGUUUGUUGAGAAAAGCACGGUGUGGAAUACAAAAGCACAAACUUGAUCUUACAAAAAGCUGCUUCUUUUAAGCUUUGAUUCUCUGUUUAGUCUAUGAAAUCUUUGUAAUUCUGUUUCUGUUUUAUAUCUGUUGUUUUUAAAUUUGUAUCAAUGGCUUGUCUUGGUUCUCUACGUAGUUUUGUAGUUAUAGUCAAG